CAGACGGAGGGAGAGCUCCUGCACUUCGCCUCGCCUCGCCUCUCGUCCUGUCUUUGGUCCUGUCCUGCCUCGCCUCCGCCAGCCAUGCCCAACUUCGCCGGGACCUGGAAGAUGAAAAGCAGCGAGAAUUUCGACGAACUCCUGAAAGUCCUGGGAGUGAACGCCAUGCUGCGCAAAGUGGCGGUGGCCGCCGCCUCGAAGCCCCACGUGGAGAUCCGCCAGGACGGGGACCAGUUCUACAUCAAGACCUCCACCACCGUCCGCACCAUGGAGAUCAGCUUCAAAGUAGGGGAGAGCUUUGACGAGGAGACGGUCGAUGGAAGGAAGUGCAGGAGUUUAGCCACUUGGGAAAACGAAAACAAGCUUUAUUGCAAGCAAACGCUUCUGGAUGGCCAAGGUCCCAAAACGUACUGGACAAGAGAACUGGCUGGAGAUGAGCUGAUUUUGACCUUUGGCGCCGAUGACGUUGUGUGCACGAGGAUUUACACGCGAGAGUGAAAAAAAAGACCAACCUGCCCUCCCUUCCCCCCUCCCCUUGCAGGAAAAGCCGGAGGAUCAACAGCAGGUGGUUGUGAACACAAGUCCUGCCGAGUAAACAUCCUCGCGUGUUGUUUUAACGGGCUGGCUCCUGCGUGAUCGUACAUGUCGUUGCAAAUCCCAGCUCGCCGGCCCUAUCUCGAGAUCCCCCCCCCAUUUGGCUUAGAUGGCGAAUCCAGGUCCCCGUAGGUUUUGCGUGUGCAUGCGUGCAUGUGUGUGUAUGUGUGUUUGCGGGUACAAACCCCCCCCUUUCAUUUCCCUGCCACUGCUCACUCGUAUUUAUAUAGCUUCACAUUUGUACAAUCCAAGCAGUGAUGAUUAAAAUCCCUUGGUUCUUGUUCA